AUGCCUUUGGAGCUGCCGGAGCCUUUGGGUCCAAAGCUCUUCAUCUGGGGCGAACCUGUACUCCGCAAGUACUACACCGUCUACGAUUGGCAAGACCAGCAGAUUGGCUUUGCACUUGCAAAACACAUGCCCAGCGAGGUCUCUGCAGACGAGGAGGCGAAGCAACUCCGGGGCCGCGGGCUACUCUUCGCGUGA